AUGUAUGCAGCGUAUUGGACUGCGAUAGCCGCUUCGGCUUUCUCCUUUGCCCUCGCUUUGCCUGACACGAUUCGAGACGUGACAGAUUAUGGGUAUUGGAAUGUCAAUGUCACUUCGAGCAGCGCCGCAUCAGGCUAUCGCUAUGGCGACGUGUACGCCGAGUACUCUGGAGCUCAGGGAAACAUUAGUCACUUCUCUUGGCUCUACGACCCAUCAGUCAGGGCCACCACAACCACAACGGACAAUCCACUGUUCAAUAGCAGCAUUGUCGAUGGGCAGGGUGAUCAUACCAUCAACAUUGAGCAGACUGUAGAAAUACAGGCCUCCAAUGUUACUCUGGUAGGAAGUGGCGCUCUUACUAUGAAGUGUGGAUUGGGAGGAGCUGGUCGAGGCUGCGCUGGAUCGCUCACGAUUGUUGCAAGUCCUGACCAGUCAUGA